CAUCAUGAAUGAAUCUGCCUCUAGUGGAAAUGGUCAAGAGUUCGAUGUCUUUAGUGCUAUGGACUGGAAGGAUGGCAUAGGUACUUUGCCAGGAAGUGACCUAAAGUUUAGAGUGAAUGAAUUCGGGGCCCUGGAAGUGAUUACAGAUGAAUCUGAAAUGGAAAGUGUUAAAAAGGCAACUGCUACCACAACCUGGAUGGUUCCAACGGCUCAAGAAGCCUUUUCAGAAAAAACAGGGAUCCCCACAAGGUUGAAGGAAACUGCAAAAAUGGAUGGACUUGUUUUCUGUGAAAACUGUUACCGCUAUGGUACCAUAGAAGAAUUUGUUCCUGAAGGGAAAUUUUGCAGCCAGAAAUGUGCCCAGCAAGUAAAAAACAAAGAACCAAAGGAGGAAAAGCCCAGCGUGGAAUGCAAUGGCGAAGAUGAUUCCAAAGGCAUUCGGAAAAGAAAAGCAAAGUUACCUCUCAAAGAAGAGUCCAGGGAUGAUGGGGAGAAGAGAGAGAAUUCUGAUGAAACUGAGGACAAGCCUGAAGGAAGGAUCUUGAGAGUCUCACAGAGAGCCAGGAGAAAAAGAAAAGGGGAAAUAACAGUUUUGAAACAAACUGUACCCUCUAAAGGAAGGCAAGCAUGGUGUUGGGCAUCCUAUCUGGAGGAAGAAAAGGCCGUGGCAGUACCUACUAAGCUUUUUAAAGAGUAUCAGUCUUUCCCAUACAACAAAAAUGGAUUCAAAGUAGGGAUGAAGCUGGAGGGUGUGGAUCCUGAGCACCAGUCGAUAUACUGUGUUCUCACGGUGGCUGAGGUUUGUGGCUACAGAAUACGGCUCCAUUUUGAUGGAUACCCAGAUUGUUACGAUUUCUGGGUGAACGCUGAUUCUUCAGACAUUCAUCCUGUUGGAUGGUGUGAGAAAACAGGUCACAAGCUUCAUCCACCUAAAG